AUGGGAAAGAUCACUGUUUAUGAGCAUGCCAACUUCCAGGGUUAUUCCAAAGAAUUCACCAGUGACGUUGCCAAUCUAAAAGAUGUAGAUUGGAAUGACUGUAUCUCCUCAGUGAAAGUAAUUGGCCAGCCUUGGGUGGCUUACGAGCAUUUAAAUUAUACAGGCCAGUUACUGGUAUUUGAGGAGGGAGAACAUAGCUUUGUUGGGAAUCAGAUGAAUGAUAAGAUCACUUCUCUGCAGAUGAUCACUGAAAACCUGCUCAAUCCCCAGAUCACUCUCUAUGAACAUAUCAAUUACCAAGGGAAGUGCAGGGUGGUAACAGAACCAACCAAUCUAAGCAGGGGAUAUGAUGAUAACACCAUAUCAUCUCACAAAGUGCAGAGAGGUGUCUGGCUGCUGUGUGAACACAGUGAUGGAGGGGGCUUUCGUUAUAUUGCACGAGAACAUGAACACUUUCCAAAUUAUAAGGCCAUCAAUUUCAAUGACAAGCUUUCAUUCCUCCGUCCCCUUCUCCCUGGCAGGAGCUAUUAG